AUGCCGGCGGACUACGAGUCCACUGCCCGGGCAUUGGCUGUCUCAACAUCCCCAGAUCUUGAGUCGCCUGAAAAUGACGAUGAGCAGCCUCUCUGGGGCCAUGGUCGGCGAAAUUCCCGAGCGGCCCAGGCAGCCUCAACACGCGAUCAAUUAAUCAGCAAAGCUAAGAUGUUCUACCGCAAGGCAAACGAGAGAUGGGAGCGAAUGACUUUCUGGCAGAAGGUCGCCUUCUAUGCCGUGUCUCUCCUAACUGCGGCCCUAGGGGUUGGGUUCAUGGUCUUCACGGGCAAGGUGUUCUUCUGGCUGGGCCCGGUCGCGGAGCGCUGGGAGAAGUCCCCGCUCGUCGCAUUUGUACUGUGGCUCUGUGUCUUUUUUGUCUCUUUCCCGCCGCUUGUGGGCUGGUCGACGUUCGGUACUGUGGCCGGUUUUAUUUUUGGACUCUGGAAAGGGCUGACGGGAUUCGAAUAUAGAUGGUUGAUCUACGCUACUGCUACAAUUCUAGGAUCCACGGCCUCUUUUUACGUAUCGCGCACCGUGCUAUCAAGUUUCGUCAAUCGUCUCAUGGAGCGGGACAAGCGUUUUGCGGCCCUUGCUUUAACAUUGAAGUAUGAUGGACUGAAGCUCCUCUGUAUGAUCCGCUUAUGUCCACUCCCAUAUUCUAUUUGCAAUGGCGCUGUCUCUACAUUCCCCACGGUCCAACCUCUGACGUACGGGCUGGCUACCGCCAUUAUCUCUCCAAAAUUGCUGGUGCCCGCAUUUAUCGGGAGUCGGGUGCGCCUUCUUUCCGAGAAGGGCGAAGAGAUGAGUGCAGGCUCUAAAGCCGUCAACAUCAUCAGUAUUAUCGUCACUGUUUCGAUUGGUGUUGGGACAGGCUUUUACAUCUAUCGCAGAACCUUGGCUCGCGCGAAAGAAUUAGAGGAACAGGAACGCGCUGAUAUUCGGCAGUCCCUACAAAACGACCAUGCUGCACACCGCCCCCAUGGCCGGUUUUCUGAUGACGACGAUGUCAAUACGGCAUCGAACACACUUGCCCGUGACGAGGAAGAACGGAUCGGAUUUGGCGAUCUAGAUGAUGACAAUGUCGACUUGGGUUUCGAAGACGAUAGCGGUAGUGAGACCAGUAGGUGGAAGCGAUCGAACCGGAAGUCCUAUCGUGAUGAGUUUACGGAUAAUGACUCGGAUGAGUUCGCUGGCGACGCUGCUGAGGCAUUCGGAUUGCAUCACCAUGUCCGACGUGAAUAA